AUGCUGAAGGUGAUGAAUUUAUCAUAUAAUGGAUUGGGCAAUGAAGGUGCUCUGGCGCUGGGAGAAGCUCUGAGAGUCAACAGUUCCCUUCUUCACCUCGAUAUCAGCUGCAACCGUAUCAGUAAUGAGGGAGUCCGGCUCUUCUGCAAAGGCUUGGAGUGCAAUGAGAACCUGCGUGUGCUUCAGCUCGCCAGGAACCCACUGACAGUAGAGGGUGCCAUCGUCUUGCUGAGUUCUAUUACCAGGAAGCCAGAAAACAGAAUAGAGGACCUGGACAUCUCUAAUGUUCUGGUGAAUCCGCAGUUUCUCUCCCUCCUUGAAGUGGCGUCCAUCUCUCGCCCUGGACUACGAGUCCUGUUUGCUGGAAAACAAGGAUUUAUCGCACAGAAGCGCCCAACUCGCCCCGAUCCUAUGAAGGUCAUCCAGGACUUCCUAGAUGAACGCAAAUUGCGACUGCUGGACUUCUUCAAGAACAUGGACAAAGACGGCAGCAUGAGUGUCCCGGUCAGCGACUUUUGUCGGUACAUUGUGCUGUCUGGUCUCCCCCUGGAUUCUGCUGAGAUAGACUCUCUGGUGCAGAGGUUGGACAAACACCAGACUGGAACCAUUGACUACAGGAAUCUGGUGGACUCUCGAAAGAAGAUGGUGAAGGACCAGCGAAAGCAGCAGCGGCGUAGAGCAAGAAAAGAACGUCUAGAGAAGCAACGGAGUCGGAGAGCUCUGAAGUCUUUUCACAGUGCAGUGAGAGCACUAACUCCUCCACCAGCGUCCAGAGAGACCGCGGGGAGCAAUCGCAGCUCUGCUCACUUCUCUGGCUCUCCGCUGAGUUCUUGGUACCAGGAAAUAGAGAACAGAGAUGAAGCCAAUUCUCCACACACGCAGAACGAAGUUUCAGAAACCUUGGAGGCCGACUGCUUUUACAGUUCACAGGGAAGUCUGGGCUCUCCGUGUCUCUCUGAGCCUCAGACCCCAAAAAGAAGCUCCUCUCCUAGCCUGAGCGACACCGGAAACUGA